AUGUCUACGGAUAUUAGUAAGCUGUUAGCCGCCAUCGAUGGUUUGGAUAUUGAGGUAGAGCAAAAAGAUGAGAUAAAGGAAUGGGUUCAAAAAAGCAGCAGUAAGCGCCGGAUCGAGAUUCUGGUAACGGGAAGAACAGGAACGGGGAAGUCUACACUCGUUAACGCUCUCGUUGGCAAAGAUGUGGCUAAGGUUGGAAGCAAGUUGAAAGUACAAACGGCGGAGGUGAAGGCCUACGUGGCGAAGGCGGAGGAUGGCGUGGAAGUUGUGGUGUGGGACUCGCCUGGUCUUCAGGACGGCUCGGGAAAGGAGACCGAGUAUCUCUCUAUGCUAAAGGAGAAGUGUAGUAAUGUCGAUGUAAUCAUUUAUUGCAUCGACGUUUCAGAGACUCGGGCUAAAUUGAAGGGUGAAGACGAGGAUCUCCGCGCAAUACAGCAGCUGACGGCAACUUUCGGCCUGGACUGGUGGGAGCAUUCCAUCUUCGUACUGACCCGUGCGAACCUGCUGGAGGCAAUGCUGAGCGUAAAGCCUGAUCUCGAGGAGCGGUUCAACGAGAGGCUACAGGAUUGGAAGCAACGGAUCCACGAAACGCUGCUUCGAGAAGGUGUAAGUAAAGAAGUUGUUGACGAAAUACCCGUAGAGCCCGCUGGUCACAUCAAAAAGCCACACUUGCCAGGAAGGAAAUACUGGCUCAGUGCACUCUGGAUCAUCUUUCUGGACCGCGCCAAGGAGCGUUCUCAGCCACUGAUAACAAAAUUGAAUCUGCAUCGCUUGAAGAAAGAGAGCGAGGUGAAGGAAGGAGACUUCGAGAAGGAAGGCUACGAACAGCCGAUCGUGAUAGAUCACAUGGAGUGGAUUAGUCACAUUCUGAAAGGGGGGUCGGUUGGUGCUCAAACUGGUGCUGCGGUUGGUGCAUUGGGCGGCAUUAUAGGGAGUGUGGUGGGCGGUGUCGUCGGCGGAGCCGUCGGAGCCGGUGCGGUUAUCCUCACUAAAAUCUGGAAGUAUAGAAAGUCCAAAAAACGAAAGGGCUCGAAGAAAUAA